UGUUUGAGGUUUCACGCUAGAAGCUUCCUCAGGAUGUCUUCAUCACAUUUUAUCAGUCGACACAGAAAGGAUUUAAGUACUGAAAUGAUUAGAACUAAAAUUGCUCAUAGGAAAUCACUGUCUCAGAAAGAAAACAGACACAAGGAAUAUGAACGGAAUAGACAUUUUGGUUUGAAAGAUGUCAACAUUCCAACCCCAGAAGGUAGAAUUCUUGUUGAAUUAGAUGAGACAUCUCAAGAGCUUGUUUCAGAAAAGGCCAGUGUCAAGCCAAGGUCAAUGAGAACUGUUCUAGCUGACCAACGAAAACAGAUGCUCCAAAAAUACAAAGAAGAAAAGCAACUACAAAAAUUGAAAGAGCAGAGAGAGAAAGCUAAACGAGGAGUAUUUAAAGUAGGUCUUUAUAGACCUAAUAUGCCUUAUUUUCUUUCAUCAAACCAGAAUGCUAUGAAAGCUGAGCCAAAAAAGGCUAUUUCGUCUUCUGUACGGAUUACAAGGUCAAAGGCCAAAGACCAGAUGGAACAGACUAAGAUCAAUAAUGGGAGUGAUGUUCAAGCAAUACGACCUGGUCAAAGACAAACUUCUGAAAAGAAACUGUUGGACAAAGAGAAAAAAGUUGUACAGCCUGUAGUGCCCCCGUCCGUGAGAAUGACUCGAUCAGCUACUCAAGCAGCAAAGCAGAUUGCUGGAACAGUCUCAUCUACCACAGCAAGAAAGCCAGUCUCAAGAGCUACUGAUGACAAUGAACCAGAAAGAAAGGCACCAAAUAAAGGAAGACCUGCCAAAAUGAUAGCGACAAAACCUGACAAGGGUAUUUCUUGUAAAAUUGAUAGUGAAGAAAAUACUUUGGAUUCACAAACUGGUAUGACAAAUGGAAUAGAUCCAGAUGAAGUCUCAUCAAAAAUGGAAAACUUACCUAAGGCAAAUACUGCAAAAAUGAAAGGGAAGAAUUCCUUUGCACCUAAAGAUUUUAUGUUUCAGCCACUGGAUGGUCUGAAGACCUAUCAAGUAACACCUAUGACUCCCAGAAGUGCCAAUGCUUUCUUGACACCCAGUUACAACUGGACCCCUUUGAAAACAGAAGAUGAUAAGAGUCAAGAAGCCACAAAAGAAAUUUUGGCACUAAAAUGUAAAAUUUACGUUACUGAGACAGUACAGCAAGAUUCAAGUAAAUCACAAAGUCCUUUGAGUUCUCUAACAGUUUGGAAUGAAGAACAUGUCUUAAAUCAUAGUGAAGUUACUGCUAAAAAUUCAAAUGACCUUCCAAUAAAAGAGGUCUCAUCACUUGAAAUAAAUGAAGGACAGCUAUCUCAGCCACAACAUGAUGUGCCAUAUUUCAGAAAUAUUCUCCAGUCAGAAACUGCAAAAUUAACUUCACAUUGCCUUGAGUGGGACAAGAAGCUUGAAUUGGACAUUCCAGAUGAUGCUAAAGAUCUUAUUCGCACAGCAGUUGGUCAAACAAGACUCCUUAUGAAGGAAAGGUUCAAACAAUUUGAAGAACUAGUGAAUGAUUGUGAAUAUAAACGAGGUGAAAAGGAGACUACCUGUACAGAUCUGGAUGGAUUUUGGGAUAUGAUUAGUUUUCAGAUAGAAAAUGUAAACCAGAAAUUCAAAAAUCUGACCGAACUUGAGGAAUCUGGGUGGCAAAACAAAAAUUACACAAGCAAAAAAGUCUUCCGGAAAAAAAUUGUCUCAGGUAUAGCAAGUAAACCAAAACAGGAUGAUAGUGGAAGAAUUGCAGCUAGAAAUCGCCUAGCUGCCAUAAAAAAUGCAAUGAGAGAGAAAAUUAAACAGGAAGAACAUGCUGAGGCAGCAGGCUCUGCAAUACCAAAGGAAAUUGAUAAAAUAGUAUUUGAUGCUGGAUUUUUCAGAGUUGAAAGUCCCAUUAAAUCAUUCUCAGGACUUUCUAUCUCUUCUGAAUGUCCUUCUCAAAGACUUAGAACACCUCAGUCUAUCAGCAAAGCUGUGUCUCAAAACAGGGAUGCCGUGGGCCUCAUAAGACAAACUACAUCAUCAGAGAAUCCUGAUCCUCAGAAUAUCAAAAGUGAACGUGACGAUAAGAAGACUUUGUUUUCAAAUAUUCCUGAAAGGAGGAACAGCAUAGUAGAAGAUGCUCAGUGUUCUGGAUUACAAGAUUUAAUUGAAGUGAACCAUGAUGAAAAUAAUAUAAACUUUGAGAUGGCUUAUUUAUCCAGUGAAAGAAUGAGUUUGCCUCUUCUUGCUGGUGGAGUAGCAGUUGAUGUUAAUACUAACAAAAAAGAAGAAAUUUCAGAUGUUGUGGAGGGAAUGGAACUAAAUUCUUCAAUCACAUCACAUGAUGUUUUGAUGAGUAGCCCUGAAAAAAAUAUACCAUCACAAAAUAAUGUCUCACAACAAGAAGAAACUAAAAUUUCUCAGUCAGUACUAUUUGAUAAAGAAAGUCUCACUACUGAAUGCCACCUUCUUGAUUCACCAGGCCCAAACUGCAAUAAUCCAUUCACUCAACGGGAAGGGAGAUAUCAAGAACAUUCCAGACACAUUUCCUUUGGUAGUAACCUGAUUACCUUUUCACCUCUAAGCCCUCCUUGUGGAAAACAACCAGAAGAAUUUUGA